CGACGAGUACUAGUUCGAGAAACCCGAGAGAAUCCGAAGCCAACAAGCACAGGCAAAGUCUGUCAGUCAGGCAGUUAGUCAGUUUUUUCUGUACUAAGAAAAGAACUUCAAGAACUGUGCGGUCGGUCGUUGGUUUGGUUAUGGCAACGACAACGACGACGCUAGUCAAGUAAUGCCUCUGCUGCGAAUCAAUAUCGAAAUCAGUCAGUCUUAAAGGUGUCGUCAGCCGGUAAAGACACACAUGUGACAACUAAUUUUUUUUAAUGAAAACACUCAGGCCCGAGAGUCUUGUACUGUGCGCCUAUAACUAAGAAUAGUAUUUAUCGUAAUAGAAUUAAUAUUUGAAAAAAAAAAAUAUAAGAAACAAAACAAAUAGCAAAAAAAAAAAAUAAACACCACCGUUGCCGUUCAUUCUGUGAAAAAAGUUGUGUGAACACAAGAAGAAGAAAAAAAUUUAAAAAAAGAUAAAUAAAUUAUAAAUAAAAAUAAUUCAUGGGAAUUAUUUAGUUUCAUUGAGAGCUACGAUUAAGCCAACAAAAAAUAGUAACACAUUAAAAAACGUAACAAAAUUAUUAAACCAGUUCCUGAAUCAUCAAGUGGAUUACACGAAUCGUCACAGUUAGGCUUGAUUUGCAGAAGAAACUUUCGAAAAUCUCAUCAUGCAAGACCUAAAUAUGACAGAAAAGAAUUGUGAAAAUUCGAAAAAAUCUGAAAAUCCUUCGCCGCCAGAUAAAAGUGAAGAACAUCCUACCUCGUAGGUAUAUGGAAACAAUUGUUCACCUGUUCAAAGGUAAUAUUGGCCCAGGGCUAUUUGCUAUGGGUGACGCCUUCAAAAAUGGUGGCCUUAUAGUUUCACCUAUACUCACCAUUGUGAUAGCGUUGAUCUCAGUUCACUGCCAACACAUUCUCUUAAAUUGCUCAAAAAGGGUAAAAGAACUAAGUCGAUCAGAACAAUGUCCUGAUUAUGCGGAAACGGUGGGUCAGUGUUUUGAAAUAGGACCACCGAAACUACGUAGUUGGGCAGUACAUAUGCGGACAGUUGUUAAUAUAUUUAUUUGUGUAACUCAGCUGGGAUUUUGUUGCAUUUACUUUGUUUUUAUAAGCACAAAUCUUGAACAGAUCUUAAAUCAUCAUGGUUAUUAUUGGAAUGUACAUCUAAUUAUGUUGAUUGCAUUUGUUCCCAUCCUAUUGACUUCUUUAAUAACAAAUCUAAAGUACCUGACGCCUGUUUCACUGUUAGCUAAUCUUAGUAUGGUAAGUGGAUUAGUCUUGACGAUGUAUUUUGCAUUUAAAGGAGGUCUUCCGGCGCCCAGUGAACGUGAAUACUUCACCAAUGCUCCUCAACUAGCGCUAUUUUUUGGCACAGCAAUAUUCGCAUUUGAAGGUAUUGCCUUGGUGUUGCCACUUAAAAAUGCUAUGAAGAAACCAACUAAUUUCGAUAGACGAAUGGGUGUGUUGAAUGUUGGAAUGACAUUUGUAGCAUUUGCAUUCAUAUUUGCUGGAUUCUUUGGUUAUUUGAAAUGGGGCAAUAAUGUUGGCGGAAGUUUGACUUUGAACUUGGGAAGUAGUUGGCUGGCACAAGUAGUUCAGUUGAUUGUAUCAUUGGGAGUUCUUCUGGGAUAUCCAUUACAAUUCUUUGUAGCCAUUCAAAUUAUGUUCCCAGCUAUUCAAGAGAUGUUCAAACUUAACCCGAACUCGUUAACUGGUGAGCUUAGUUUUAGAGCUGCUAUGGUUAUCAUCACAUUGGCCAUUGCUGAAUUAGUACCAAAGUUGAGUCUAUUCAUAUCGUUGAUUGGAGCACUUUGUUCAACAGCACUGGCGCUAGUGUUUCCACCUUUAAUUGAAUUAAUCGUCCGGACGGAAAAUUCCAAAGGACCCGGUGUGCAAAUUUUUGCAAAGAAUAUUUUCAUUCUCAUAUUGGCACUGUUGGGUUUCUCAACAGGAACUUACGAAAGUAUAUCGGCGAUUGUAAAAGAGUUUCAAUUAUAGUUUUUAAUAAUAAUGAUCGAUCACAAUACAUAGAACCUUAAGUUUAUACAUACAGCAUAACAUCUUAAUUAUUUUUUAGAUAUUAUAAAUAAAAAAACAAAACAAAGAUUUUUUGUACCUUACAAUUUAUACACUUGAUAAGUGCCUUUUGAAACAAGAGUGGUAUUUUAUAUAUUGUAAUUUUUAGUGAUUACUUUUAGAUUGUAAGAAGAGAAACUAAAACCAAUGUUUAUAUGUUGAUUUAAAUUAUAAGAUUAAUUUUUUAAGAAAAUAAAACUGCUUACAUUUAAUAGAA